AUGGGAGGACACGGCGAAGAGCACAACACUAGAACAAGCAAGUCUGAUCAAGAGAUUGUAAAUGCUGUUAGAUCACUGGCCGAGAAGAAGAAGGACGAGGGACUGCGCGUAGUGUUGAUCGGACCACCAGGCUCAGGAAAGGGCACUCAGGCACCAAUCAUCAAGGAGGACUUUUGCGUGUGCCAUCUGUCGACAGGUGACAUCCUGCGUGCUGCCAUCGAGGCCGGCACCGAAGACGGAAAGAGAGCAAAGGUCGUCAUGGACCAGGGUGGUCUGGUACCAGAUGAUCUCGUCGUCAACAUGAUCAAGGACAACCUUGCCAAGCCCGAGUGCUCCAAGGGUUUCAUCCUCGAUGGUUUCCCACGUACCGUCGUCCAAGCAGAGAAGCUGGAUUCAAUGCUCGAUAGCGACAACAAGAAGAUAGAUCAUGUAUUGAACUUUGAGAUUGAUGACUCAUUGCUGGUCAGAAGAAUCACAGGAAGACUGAUCCAUCCAGCCAGUGGCAGGAGCUAUCACAAGGAGUUCUUCCCACCCAAGGUUGAGAUGAAGGACGACGUGACGGGCGAGCCAUUGAUUCAGCGAUCGGACGACACCGAGGCCGUGCUGAGCAAGCGUCUGGCCAGCUUCCACACCAACACCACACCCGUCCUGGCCUACUACAAGAACAAGGGCAUUCUUUCGACGCUCGACGCCUCCAAGUCUGCCUCGUUCGUCUCCAAUCACAUCAGGGCCAUCUUCACAUCAUCAUUCCAUUUCCCACUGCACAGCAAGCUGUUUCAAGCCUUCAACAUUCCAACCUCCUACGAAACCUCUUCUUCUUCAUCCAUGAAGGCUUCGCUCUAA